AUGAUGAAUAUUGAACUUUCCAAACCUUUGUUAAAAACUUAUACUCAAGACCAGUUAUCCUGUGAUAAUGGAAGAAACCAAAUAAGAAGUAAUAUUAGUAGUAAUCAAAGUAAUAUAAGUCUUGCUAAUAGCCAACAAAAUGAAAUAAGAGACUUAAUUUCACAUAAUAGCGGAUAUACUCAAAAUAUGUUAAUGGAAAAUGGAACUUUAAAUAUUAUGCACCACUGGGAUAGGUUUAGCCAGUUCUUUGAAUUUUGUCUGCACGAUAGAUUUCAUUUUAUGCUUGCAAUGAGUUGGGGAAAUUUCAUUUUAUUUCUAUUUCUCAUAUAUAUUCUUCUUGCCAUUAUUCUAGCAUUGAUACACUUUAUUAUCACGUCUGGAGAUGCUGCCAAUUGUAUUGGGAGUGACAAAUUUGGAAAAGUAGAGUACUUUUUUUUUGCUGUUGAAACCAUGUUUAGUAUUGGAUAUGGUUCACCAAGAUCUCCAAGUUGUUUAAUUACGAAUUACUUUACUCCAAUAAUGGUUAUCAGUGGUUCAAUCUUAAAUUCAGUAACUGUUGGAAUUUUUUUUACAAAAUUCUCAGAUUCAACUUCUAGAAAAUGGUCAAUUUGUUUCUCUAAAGAACUUUGUGGAAUUGGAUUCAAAAGUACACCACCUGAAGAAGUCCUGGCCACGCCUACUCAGUUAAAUCUCCCACCUAUAACCUCAUAUACCUUUACAAAAGCAGCUGAAACCACCUGUGAGGACUGCCCAUUCAUUAUUUCAUUUAGACUCUUUAACAUCUCCCAAGAACCAUUCUUUUCACCUGAUCUUAAAGUUUUCAUUAUUAUUCACACUGAUAAUGGUCCAUUUAUCACGGAAAUUACCUCAUACAAACUUGAUGUCCCUCUUGAAUUUAUGGAAACUCCAAUAACUGUUUCAAUACACUCAAACCAACCCAAUUCACCUCUCAAAAAUUUCACUAUUAAUCAUCUCAGAAAUCAAGGACAUCUUAUUGAACUCAUGGUAUUGCUCCGCUUCUUCGAUAAUAGAACCUCGAAGAAUCUAGAAGUCAGAAAAACUUGGAAACUUAACAACAUAUUUUGGGGGUAUAAGUUCUCUUCUAUUAUCAAGAAACAAGUUAAUCAUGACAGAACGAUGUACCAGGUCGGAAUUUCUGACGUUAAUAACAUUGAACCUGUCAUCUCUGGAACUCCUUUUCUCUAA